AGUGGAGGUGGAGGUGAAGGUGAAGGUGGAUGGCGAGGGCAUGGUAGUUCUUCGGGCUCCGGCUCCUAUCAAAACCCACCCCGAGAGCCUCGGCAAGAUCAAGGUGCACCGCGGGGCCGUCACCCGGCCCAUCUGAAAGGCCGGGAGAUUGGUCUUUGGUACGCCAAGAGAGGGGGAUCGGGAUCGGGGACAAAAAGAAAAGAAGAGGAGAGACAAAUGAGAGCUGUGGUUCAGAUGGAUGAAUCUAGAGAAGAACACAUUGUCAAGCUUCUGAACUCCGUCCAGUCUAAGAAGACUGAAAGAGAAUUAUACCCAUUAACAUCCCAGACUUCUCGAUGCAAGGAGAGCCAAAGCAGGACCUUCCGUACUGACAGUUUUAGUCUGAAGGACACUAAGCCAGUCAGCGACGAAGACCUAGACUUCUUGUUACAAGACAGUGUUCGGAAUUCAAGUCUAGAUCAACAACUCAAAAGUGACCUUCAGAAAAAAAAAUCUGAUCCGAAGUACUUGGAAAUGAGGAGGUUCAGGGAGAAACUUCCAUCAUACAACAUGAAAAAGGAGCUGGUUGAUUUGAUAAAAAGUAACCAGGUGGUGGUAGUUAGCGGAGAAACAGGUUGUGGGAAGACAACGCAAGUUACCCAGUUCAUUCUGGAUGACUAUAUCGAAAAGCAGAUGGGCUCUCUCUGCAGAAUAGUGUGCACACAGCCGCGAAGGAUUAGUGCCAUUUCUGUAGCAGAAAGAGUGGCUUCAGAAAGGGCUGAGGCUUGUGGAGAUGGAAACUCCUGUGGAUACCAAAUUAGACUACAAUGCCGGUUACCAAGGAAACAAGGUUCUAUCUUGUAUUGUACCACAGGCAUCAUCCUGCAGUGGCUACGGUCAGAUCCGCACCUUUCUACCAUCAGCCACAUUGUUUUGGACGAAAUUCACGAGAGGAACCUUCAGUCUGAUGUUCUGAUAACAAUAAUGAAAGAUCUUAUGAAGUUCCGAGAUGACCUGAAAAUCAUCCUCAUGAGUGCUACAUUAAAUGCUGAGAAGUUUUCAAAAUAUUUCCAUAACUGUCCAAUGAUACACAUCCCUGGUUUCACCUAUCCUGUGAAAGAGUACCUCAUGGAAGAUGUGAUCGAGAUGUUACGAUACUGUCCCCAAAAUCAAGAUCGCAGACCCAAGUGGAAGAAGCGCUUCAUGCAAGGUCAAAUGGCUCGACCAGAGAAGGAGCUGAAAGAGGAAGAGUACCGAGAAAGCUGGCCCAGUUAUGCAAGAAGCCUGCGUGACAGGUAUUCGGAGAGUACUAUUGAUGCAUUAGAGAUCAUGGAUAAUGAUGAUAAACUAGACCUGUCACUGAUUGUAGCAUUGAUCAGGCACAUUGUCCUGAAAGAAGAGGAUGGAGCUAUACUGGUUUUCCUGCCAGGCUGGGACGAUAUCAGUGGUUUGAAUGAUCUCUUGAUGGCUCAACAGAUGUUUAAGUCAGACAACUUUGUCAUCAUACCGCUACACUCUCUGAUGCCUACUGUCAACCAGACUCAGGUUUUUAAGAAACCACCUCCAGGUGUUCGUAAAAUUGUGAUUGCUACCAAUAUUGCUGAGACAAGCAUCACCAUAGAUGAUGUUGUUCAUGUAAUAGAUGGAGGAAAGAUCAAGGAGACUCACUUUGACACACAAAACAAUAUCAGCACCAUGACCGCUGAGUGGGUCAGCCUGGCCAAUGCCAAACAGAGGAAAGGCCGUGCUGGAAGGGUGCAGCCUGGUCAGUGUUACCAUCUGUAUAAUGGAUUGAGAGCCAGCCUCCUGGAUAAUUAUCAGUUGCCGGAAAUGAUGAGGACUCCAUUGGAGGAACUCUGCUUACAAAUAAAGAUAUUAAAGCUUGGCAGAAUUGCCUCAUUUCUCAGGGAUGCAUUGGAUCCCCCAUCAGAUGAGACUGUCAACUUGGCUGUAACACAUUUAAUGGACCUGAAUGCUUUGGAUAAGAAUGAGGACCUGACUCCUCUUGGCUUCCACUUGGCUCGAUUGCCAGUAGAGCCUCACAUUGGGAAGAUGAUCCUGUUCGGAGCUUUGCUGAGCUGCUUGGAUCCCGUCCUUAUUAUAGCAGCAAGCCUCAGCUUUAGGGACCCCUUCGUCAUCCCACUGGGUAAAGAAAAGCUUGCAGAUACAAAGAGGAAAGAGUUGUCAAAGAACUCUAAAAGUGACCAUCUGACUGUGGUGAAUGCAUUUUGGGGCUGGGAGGAAGCAAAACGACAUGGUUACAAAGCUGAGCGUGACUACUGCUGGGAGCACUUUUUGUCUUCAAACACACUCCAGAUGCUGCACAACAUGAAAGCACAAUUUGCAGAACACCUGCUGGCUGCCGGAUUCAUCGGCAGCAAAAACCCCAAAGAUCCCAAUUCCAAUAUCAACUCAGACAAUGAGAAGUUAAUAAAAGCUGUCAUCUGUGCUGGCUUGUACCCAAAAGUUGCCAAGAUCCGACCAAGUUUCAGCAAGAAGAGAAAAAUGGUGAAGGUUUACACAAAACCAGAUGGCAAAGUUAGCAUCCACCCCAAGUCAGUAAAUGCAGAAGAAGCAGAAUUCCACUACAGCUGGCUUAUCUAUCACCUGAAGAUGAAAACAAGCAGUAUAUUCCUGUAUGACUGCACCGAAGUGACUCCCUAUUCGCUGCUGUUCUUUGGAGGUGAUAUCUCAAUACAGAAAGACCAGGACCAGGACACCAUUGCUGUAGAUGAAUGGAUUGUCUUUCAAUCUCCAGCCAGGAUAGCACAUUUAGUAAAGGAUUUAAAGAGGGAACUUGAUGCUCUUCUUCAAGAGAAGAUUAAAAACCCUCAACCUGUGGACUGGAACGAUACAAAAUCAAAGGACUGUGCUGUCAUAUCGGCGAUUAUUGAUCUAAUAACUACACAGGAGAGUGGAGCUGUUAAAAACUUUGCUCCCCGUUUUUCUGGGGGAUACUAUUAACUUGUUACGAGCGUGUGCGUCACCAGGCACUUCUGAAAUACUGAAACCUAUUGUCAUUUGUUUUGUAUUAACAAGCACUGGGGACAACCAACCCACCUCGCUCAUUGUCAAAAUAACCAGUUGUUGUCUUUUUUUACUAUUUAAACGUAGAAUGAAGAGUACGCUAAUAUGAAACAUGUUCUGAGUUAUCAAAGAAGGUUAAACCGAGGGUUAACCCUUGCUGUUUUCAUAUUUAACUCGUAUAAUCAACAUGUGUAAGUGUGUUUUUUUUUUUUUUUUGACACGUGCAAAGAAUAUUAAGAAAUUAGUUAGGUAGUCAUUAGUUAGUCUCUGUUUGUUUAGUGCCUAAAGCUCUGCAUGGGCAGCUGAAAAAGCUUCUGAAUGUUAAGCUCUUAUGUUAAAUGUGUGAUGCACAUGUCUCUCCAAUAUGCCAUUAUGUAGUACUAAUGUACUUAGCACCCCAUUUUUAACAACUUUAAUAUUCCAAUGCAAAUCAUUAAAAUGCGUUGUCCGCAUGCUGCUGCGAAGUAACAAGAUGUUCCUAUUGUGUAUGUAGUUUGUCCUUUUCAAUCUUUUAUCCUUGCAUCAUUUCUUCAAAAUGCCUGUGUGUGUAUUAUUACGCAGAUGUCUAUAAUGCCUUUGGUUUCAAAGUUGCUGUUUCAGGUAGACUGUCAGGAUAUACUUUUUUUUUUUUUUUUUUUUUUUUUAAUUUGCAUCUAAAUGGGUUGAACAACAAACCCUGGGGCAUAAAGAAUUGCCCUUCACCAGUCUGUACACGAAAGCAGUUCUUGACAUGUGUUCUAUAAUAAGGUAAUUCCAGCAAAAGUGGACCAGAGAGGGGAUUGUUCAACCAAUUAUGUCAAUGACGUGCAUCAACUAAUUAUAUUUUCUUGGAAAGCCCUUGGAGCAAGAUUUGACAUGAUACCUGUAUUUGUCAAGGUCAUUAUGCACAUGCAGAAAAAUAUAGUAAAAAGUCAUCGAAAUGGGCAUUAUUUAGGCUUCAUACACAUUCUCAUCGUGUAUGGGUAGGGCACCUACCUCCCCUCCUCUCCAUGACCUUGAUUUAUGUGUCGUCAACCAUUAAUCGACACUUCCCCAGAAUUUGCUCUGCUUGAAAAUACAUCCCUGUUGGAAAUACAUUUGAUUUACAGCCGCAAUUCAAAGUUGUUUUCUGAUUGUUCUCUAGUACGUUGUGUAUCGUUGAAGGGACUGUUGAAGUUACAAGGACAUGCCAUGACUCCUCCCCUCCCCCUUUUUGCCUUAAGUUUAUAAAUCCAUGACCUGCAUGUUAUUCCAUUCCAUCCCCCGAUCUAAACCUGCUAUUAAACAGAAUUACAACGCAUUCCAAAUAUUAUUUCCAUCUCUGCAGAUAGCAGUUUAUUAUAAAUAUAAUUAAACAUUACCAAAUAUGUAAGCAUUAUUUACAUCGAUAAUUACAAUUGGGCAGUGUAAAAAUCUAAUGUACAACUACAGCUAUAACUACAACCAACAUUAUUUAAAAUCAUCUAUCUGCAAUUCAUGAAUGUAGUUGGUCAGGCACAAAUUGUAUUCAAAGCAACACAAACUACCUGUUAUCAGCUUCCUGAGGUCUUGAUAAAAUGCUAACUUUA